ACAGUCAGUAGAAGUCACUGCGCAAUGGAAGACACCGUCAUUUUAUCAAUGACACGGGCAGGACGACGACCUAAGAACCGUAUUCCCAUAUGAGCUGUUAUAAUGACAGCGGAGUAAGCAAACAGACGAGAGAAGCUGUCAAACUGUCGGAGAAAAAGCGGAGAAAAACGCCAGAGGUUUUCUCCAUUGUGUCACUCCCAGGAUGUUGGUCUUCAUGUUCUGCCUGUUGUUUUGCUCCUCCACGGACGCUCUGGAGUUUCGCUAUCACAACACCGUCCAAAUGGAGCAGUACCUGAAAGACGUCAACAAGAUGUAUCCUCACAUCACACACCUCCACAGCAUCGGCCAGUCUGUUGAAGGAAGAGAGCUGUGGGUCUUGAUACUGGGUCAACAUCCUAGAGAACACCGAACGGGCAUCCCAGAAUUCAAAUAUGUGGGCAACAUCCAUGGAAACGAGGUUGUAGGGCGCGUGUUACUGCUUCAGCUGGUGAAUUAUCUGACCAGUCAUUAUGGGAGCGAUUCAGUGGUGACCCGUUUGUUGGACAGCAGUCGCGUGCAUAUCCUGCCCUCCAUGAACCCGGACGGCUUCGAGUCCUCCAAACCAGACUGCAUUUAUACAGUAGGCCGGUACAAUAAGAACGGAGUGGACCUGAACCGCAAUUUUCCAGACGCUUUUGAGGAGAGUAACGAGCAGAAGAGGGAGUCUGAGGUGCGAGCGGUGAUGGAGUGGCUGAAGAGUGAGACGUUUGUGCUAUCUGCUAAUCUGCACGGAGGAGCACUGGUGGCCAGCUAUCCAUACGACAACAGCAACGGAGGAAGCGAGCAGCAGGGUUACAGGAGCGUGAGCCCUGAUGAUGAUGUGUUUGUCCACCUGGCGAAGACGUACUCCUACAACCACACGGAGAUGUACAGAGGAAACCACUGCAGUGACCUGCAGAGCUUCAGCAGCGGCAUCACCAACGGCUAUCAGUGGUAUCCUCUGCAGGGAGGAAUGCAGGACUACAACUAUGUGUGGGCUCAGUGUUUAGAGCUGACCCUGGAGAUCUCAUGCUGCAAGUUUCCUCCAGAGGAGCAGCUUCCUGCACUAUGGGAGGCCAACAGAGCUGCAUUGUUGGCCUACAUGCAGCAAGUCCAUCUAGGACUGAAAGGUGUGGUGAUGGAUUCUUCGGGCCAGAUAAUUCCUCAUGCUGUAGUGGAAGUGCUGGGAAGAAACAACCUUUGUGCCUUUCAAAGUGAUGUCAAUGGAGAGUAUUUCAGAUUGUUGUUGCCUGGAAAGUACAUGUUGAAAGUGACGGCUCCAGGAUUCAAGACUGUCAUUCAAAAUGUUGAAGUGCCCUAUGGUCCAGACCGCUUCUCUGCCCUCACACACAACUUUAUCCUCCAGCACAGUGACAGCAACUCAGAUUCCAGCACACCAGCUCACUCCUCCUGCAGCAGUUGUGAAUCGCCUGUAAAAGACACACACAACAGUGCCACCCAGCUGAAUAACACGCUCACUGCACUGCUCCUACAAACACUACUGCUGAUCAUGAUGAUGAACUGAAACAAACAGAUCUGCUCAUGUUUGCACUAUUCUGUUUUUUUUUUUUCAUUUCGCAUAAUAAACACCAGGACAUACUUACCAUUGUUAUGAUGAUGAUGAUGAUGAUGAACAGGAGGAAGCACACAAAUGGCUACAACUGCAAGGAAACAAAGACAAAAAAACAUUUCAGAUUGACAUUUGCCUUCAUUCAGCACAACAGUAACAAACAACAUUUGAUUUAGACUCCAUGACUUUUCCUAUCAGGCUAAUGACCUUUGUGGAUAUUAACAUUGUUCAUUUGCAGCUGUUUAACAUGAAGAGUGCAAAACACCAAAACAAGCUUUUCUACCUCACUUACUUUAUAAUAUUAAUUAACAAAACUAGCAGUGCCUUUAAUAAACAGCAUUUUCCUAUCA